GCAGAGCCCCCCGCCGCCGCCCGCCGCCUCGACCUGCCCCGCCGAUACGACCCCCGGUACCGCAUCAACCUCUCGGUGCUGAGCGCCGACGUGGAGGGAACGAUCCGAGGCCGGCGCGGAGAUUCCGGCGUGCCCCAGGAACGCCUUUCCGAAUUCCGCGUCGCUUUGCUGCACUAUUUAGACUUCACCCAAAAACAAAGCUUCGCCAAACUGGCCAAACUCCAACGGGAACGAGCGGCGCUUCCCAUCUCCCAAUACCGGGACCGGCUCCUGCGCGCCUGUAUCCCCUGCAUCUCGGUGGCGAAGCGGGUGGGCUUCGAGAGCCUGCACCAGUACGGAAACCAGUGGGCGCGGGACCGCCCGCGCCCCGGCUACCCCGUCCUGAUCGCCGACGAGGUUCACGAGCGGCAUCUGCACAGCGAUUUCCUCCUGGGGGUCCUGCGCAGGCUCCUUCCCGCUCGGCCGGACCUUAAGUUGGUGCUGAUGUCGGCCACCAUCAAUAUCCGCCUUUUUUCGGGAUACUUUGGGGGUGCCCCGGUGCUGCAGGUGCCAGGAAGGAUUUUCCCCAUCUCGGUCAUCUACCAACCCAUCCCUAAGGAAGAAGCAUCCGCCGUCGGGAAAUCGGGGAAAUCGGAGCGCCUGGAUCCCCUCCCGUACCUGCGGGUGCUGCCAGCCAUCGACCACAAAUACCCGCCGGCUUACGCCGUGCGCACCCAGCGCUGGAUUGUGCUCCCCCUGCACAGCACCCUCUCUGUCGCGGAGCAGGACAAGGUGUUUGACGUGCCCCCUCCCGGCGUCCGUAAGUGCAUCCUCUCCACCAACAUCGCGGAGACCUCGGUGACGAUCGACGGCGUGCGCUUCGUCCUGGAUUCUGGGAAGGUGAAGGAGAUGAGCUACGACCCUCAGGGCAAACUUCAGCGGCUGCAGGAGUUCUGGAUCAGCCGGGCGAGCGCCGAGCAGCGGAAGGGACGUGCUGGCAGGACCGGCCCCGGCGUCUGCUACCGGCUUUACGCCGAAUCCGACUACGACGCCUUUUCCCCCUACCCCGUGCCGGAGAUCCAGCGGGUAGCGCUUGAUGCUCUGGUGCUUCAGUUAAAGAGCAUGGGGCUAGGCGACCCCCGGACCUUCCCCUUCCUGGAGCCGCCUCCCUCGUCCAGCCUGGAGACGGCCGUGCGGUACCUGAGGGACCAGGGAGCCCUGGACGAGGCUGAAGACUUGACGCCCAUCGGGAACCUGUUGGCCCAGUUACCGGUGGACGUGGUGGUCG